GCAAAAAAACUCUUCAACUCAUUACACAUCACGAUUGUGAGAUAUUGUGAAAUAAAAAAAAAAUUAAAAAAAUAGCAAUAAAAUAACAACAUUAAAAUUACCUUGUGGGUUGACUUACGUCAAAAUUUACAUUAAAUUUAUCAAAAGUAGAGAUUUCAGACUUGAAAUCAUGAAAAACCAAGAAGAAUGUGUUCUAUGUUGUAAGGAAAUAAGUAUUUAUGCUACAGGACUAUGUGACCACCCUGUUUGCUAUGAAUGCUCUGCUAGGAUGAGGGUUUUAUGUGAAACAAAUGAGUGUCCAAUCUGCCGAAGUGAAAUUCCAUUAGUAAUAUUUACUGAACAACCACAGCCUUUCUCUAAUAAUGGUAAUAAAAAGUCGUCAUUGAUGAAUAAAAAUUACCAAAUAGUGUUUGAAAGUGAAGAAGUUAAAAAGUCAUUUGAUUUGCUGCUAAUUAGUCAAUGUCAAAUUUGUCAAGAAGUAUUUCCUUCAUUUGAGAAACUAAAAGAGCAUGUUAGAAGGAAACACGAGCUUUUUUAUUGUGAAAUAUGUAAUAACAGCUUAAAAAUUUUCACUUUUGAAAGGAAAUGUUACAAUAGGAAAGAUCUUGCCCGUCAUAAAAUAAAAGGAGAUCCUGAUCAAACAUCUCAUAGAGGACAUCCCUUAUGUGAAUAUUGUGAUGUAAGAUAUGUAGACCACGAUGAUCUUUUUCGACAUCUUAGAAGGGAACAUUUCUUUUGCCACUUCUGUGAUGCAGAUGGUCUUCAUCAAUAUUAUCAGAGUUAUGAAUACCUAAGGGUACAUUUUCGAACUGAUCAUUAUUUGUGUGAAGAAGGUGAAUGUGUAAAUGAAAAAUUUACAGCUGUUUUCCGUUCAGAGAUAGAUUUAAAAGCUCACACAGCUGUUCAUCAUAGCAAAAAUAAAUCAAAAGCUGAAGCCAGAGAAGCUAGAAAGAUAGAUUUUAAAUUCAAUUAUUCUGAACGGCCAAACGGUAGUUCAAGCCCUAGAGGGAGAAGAUAUGGUAACCAAAGACGAAAUGCAGAGGAGCAUAAUACAAAUGACAAGAGCCAAUCAAAAGUAAUACCUGAAACAGAGCCAAUAGACACUCAAUCUACUCAAGAGUUUCCAUUUCUUUCUGCUGAAGAAGCUCUUAGUGGAAUAUCUUCAAAUGGUGGAAAACCUGUAGAAUUAGCAACGUCUAUGCAAUCUGUAGUAAGAAAUUCUGUUCCUCAAGCUUAUAGACGUAAUAUGAUGUCUUCGGAAGACUUCCCAGCCCUCGGACCUUCUUCUACCUCCGAUCUAUUUCCCAACCAGCCAAAAAAAGUUGAUUUCAGUGCAAAAGCUCAGUUACCAAGAAACACUAAUUCUAGUCGUUUUAAUGUCACAGACGAUGACAGAAUGGACAAGCCUGUAACAAAAAAUCCACAGCAACAGUCGACCCCAAAAUGGUUAUCCAAAAAAGACAACUCAAAUUUUGAAGAAGCUUUUCCAAGGUUAGAAGUUAAAAAAUCACGUCCUGCGUCUGUGCCAGUUAAUAACGUGAAAGCUGCCAAUAUACAGACCUCAAUGUCCUCAUUCCAACUGCAGACUAAUAACGACAAUGCCAAUCACAGCCAAAAUACCACGUCAGAUCAGUUUGUGGUGAUAAAAUCAAAAUCAAAAAAGAAAAAGCCAAAGACGCCAUUUCUGCAAGAAGAAGAGGAAUUUGAUGAUAUUAAGAAAGAACCAGAUCCAGUGUUAUCUGUAAAUAAUUUUGCAUAUUUAAAUAACAUAGAAAAUACAGAUCCUAUAAAAAGGCGUCCUCCAAGUAGACCACCUAAAGACACUUGGGAACCCGAUACAUGGCAAACAAAAGUAUCAUUUGGUAAAGAUGACUUUCCUCCUUUAGAAGAAGUUAAGAAACCACCACCUCCCCCUGGGAUAAAUGUUAAAAAAUCCCGCCCUCCUCCCCCAGGUUUUUCAACCAACUCCAAUGCUAACACUAAAUCUUCUUUAAGUUUAAGUUCUAUUGCUCAAAUUGUUGGAAAUAGUUUAAAAAGUAACCUAAAUUCCCCGACUGUCGACAGUUUUGACCUUCCUACGAGUAACUUUUUAUACUUAGAACCUCCCAAUUUCCAAAUGCGGAACGAGAGACUACUUCAUCUUAUAAACGAGGCUUCCCAAACUACAGACAGAUUCAAAGAAUUCAAAUCUGUAUCGAGAGAUUUUCGAUGUAACGCCAUUUCUGGACGUGAGUACCAGAAGAAGUGCCUUGAUAUUUUGGAAGAAGACGACUAUCGAAGCAUAUUUCCAGAACUAGUAGCCUUGCUGCCCGAUAUACCCAAACAACAAGAGCUUCUUGCCGUCCACAAUGAAUAUCUAAAUAAUUACUACAGCAAUUCCAAACGGAAAAAUUUUAAAAGUAAAAGCAAUAUCCUGUCUUGUGAAAUUUGUAAUCAGGUAUUGGUAGUUGAUGAUUGUGAAAGUCACAAAUGUUUAGAGUAAGAAAUUUAUAUAAUUUGAAAAGUUACAGAUCUUUUCAGUAUAUAUAUACAUAUAAAUAAAUGUUAUUUUUGGCUUCA